AUGUCGGUGUCGUCGUUUGAGUCUUAUACUAUAGCUUCUACUUUUGCUAUCUUGUUUAUAUUUGGGUCAUUUUUGAAUGGCUUGAUCCUUUUGACUUACGCAUGGAACUGGAAAAAGAUGACGAUUCAGCCGAAGGACCUUAUAAUUCUCAGCAUAGCCGUUGGUGACUUUGUACAAGCUUUCCAUGAAUGCCCUUUGGCUUUUACUUCUGCCGUCUCACAGAAAUGGAUCUGGGGCGAUUUUGGUUGUGCUUGGUACGCGUUUGUAACGACUUGGGUCGGUUUAGCAUCCAUUUCUCAAAUUUUAAUCUUUACUGUUGAGCGCUUCAUAACUCUAAGCAGUCCAAUGCCGAAUAUGAUAACGAUUCGGCGCACUUGUCAUCUGAUACUGGCAAGUUGGAUGUUAAGCCUAGGUGUAUCUUGCUUGCCGUUAUUUGGCUGGUCUAACUUUGCAUUGGAAGGUCUUGGACUCCAUUGUUCAAUUAAUUGGGAAAGCAGAUCAACUUCAAACAUUACUUUUUGUCUCUUUCUUAUAACGUUUUUCUUUGCCGUUCCUGCUGUUACCAUUGUGGUUGCCGGUAUAAAAACUUUUAUCAUCGUACGUCGCAUGUUUAGAAAUGCAAACAGAAUAUGGGGACCUGAUGCCCAGGCUACAAAACAGAGUUACGUUGCUCAGGUGAAAACGGCAAGGCGACUUUCUGUGUCGAUUUUUGUAUUUUUUUUGGCAUGGACGCCCUAUGCAAUCAUGGCUUCCUGUCAACUUAUCCCUUACGGUAGAAGCUUAUCCGUCAGGCAUCGGGAAUAUCCUUCAAUGUUUUCUAAAACAUCAGUUUUGCUCAAUCCAUGUAUAUAUUUCUACAUGUAUCGUUCCUUGCGUCAGAAAGCAUUGUGGACAUUAAGGUGUCGAUCAACUGAUUCUUAUCCUGAGUAA